GUCACUCCGCAGUACUCAAAAACGUAAACUUCCGGUUGUGACAGCCGCUACGGUGGCCUGGAGGGCCAAACAUGCACAUGACACCAAUGCUGUCACGCAAAGGGAGGAGCGUUACAGAAAGAGCAGAGGGGCCCCAUAGGGAGAAGUACUGUACAAUCGGCGUAUUAAUGGAAAGGGAACAGAAAGCGGUGAGAGUGAUGAGCGGUUGUCAGGACAACACGUCUUUGAGUUGUUCGGAAAGCAGGGGAAAUGUCAGCGCCAGUGAAUGGGGAAGGAUGGACGACGCGUGCACAUCCUGCUUUGAUGAUGAGCCCAUCGGCGAUGCGAUUCACGGCGGGAUGAAUGCGGUGCAGCCGGGCAUAGACGUUCAUCUGCCACUGUCCCGAGGCCAACGCGGGCUAUCCCAGGACGGUUUGAUGUUAGGCCUGGUGGAAGAGGGUUACGCCGGCUAUCACGGCCGUCUCGGUUCUGACCCGCAGUCUGAUUAUCUCGAUAUCCCCUACAGCGAAAGUGAUGGGAACGUCGCCACGAAAAAGCGCAACCGCUCCAACAGCUCGCGGCACCGCGGUGAAGUUGUCACGGAGCUCGGACCCGAGGAGGUGCGCUGGUUCUACAAAGAGGACAAGAGGACCUGGAAGCCGUUUGUGGGACACGAUUCUCUGAAAAUCGAGUUGGCUUAUCGCAAAUUCUGCGAACUGAACCCGAACGAGGUCAAACGCAGAGAUGUCGGAGGUGAGGAAGCAGAGGAUUUAUUCGAGUCGGCAUCAGCAUGUGAAGCGCCGGCGGUCAUGACUCAAGCGGCGUCGGUGGCAGCGCAGCCGGUACCCGUGGAUGCUGGGGAGGCUAGAUGCUCGACAGACGAGACGGACCUGGAUUCAGAAAGCAUUAAUGUGGAUGCCGUGUGCGUCCGUGGGGGGCUGUACGAGGUGGACAUCAAAGAGAAAGACUGUUACCCAGUAUACUGGAAUCAACAAGACCAUAUCCCGGUCAUGCGAGGCCAGUGGUUUACAGAUGGCACUUGGUUACCCCUGGAGGUGGAGGACAGUGACCUGAUUGAACUGGAGCACCUGGCCCGUUUCCGAGGCCAACAGAUGAAAGAUACCUUUGACACAGAAGCGGUGACCACCACGGUGGACAGCAAGGAUGCCAUUCACAGUCUGAAACUGAGCCGGAGCCAUGUGGACUGGCACAGCGUGGAUGAAGUGUACCUUUACAGCGAUGCUACCACCUCCAAGAUAGCACGAACUGUCACUCAGAAACUGGGAUUCUCAAAAGCCUCUAGCAGUGGGACCCGUCUUCACCGAGGUUAUGUGGAGGAGGCGGCACUAGAGGACACGCCUCCUGAGACAACGCACAUAGUCUUUGUGGUGCAUGGGAUUGGCCAGAAGAUGGAUCAGGGGCGUAUUAUUAGAAAUACAAGCAUGAUGCGUGAUGCUGCCCGUAAGAUGGAGGAGAAGCACUUUUCUGACCGAACAAAUGAACACGUUGAGUUCCUUCCAGUGGAAUGGAGAUCUAAACUGGCACUCGAUGGAGACACUGUGGACUCCAUCACACCUGAUAAAGUCAGAGGAUUGAGAGACAUGCUGAACAGCAGUGCAAUGGACAUCAUGUACUACACAAGCCCUUUAUACAGGGAUGAGAUCACCCGAGGUCUGACCAAAGAGCUGAACCGGCUCUACACGCUCUUCUGCGAGCGCAACCCGGAGUUUGCGGAGAAAGGAAAAGUGUCCAUCGUCUCUCACUCGCUCGGCUGUGUCAUCACCUUUGACAUCAUGACGGGGUGGGACCCCGUACGCUUCGUUCAUGAAGAGGUGCCAGAUUCCAUGGAUGCUGAUGUAAGCAGACAUGGUUAUAAGCAUCAGCUACUGGAGGACCUUCGCAUCACACGCUUAAGAUUGAGGGAUUUGGAAAAUCAGCUUCUGCAAUUUCAAACCUCAUCGUCAAGAUGGACUCCAGCCCUGAAAUUCAAGGUGGAGAACUUCUUCUGCAUGGGCUCUCCUCUGGCUGUGUUCUUGGCUUUACGAGGAGUCCGUCCUGGAACCAACAGAACGCAGGACCACUUCCUUCCCAAAAGCAUCUGUCAGCGGCUUUUCAACAUCUUCCAUCCCACUGAUCCUGUGGCAUACAGACUGGAGCCCCUCAUUCUAAAGCAUUACAGUAAUAUAGCACCUGCCCAGAUCCACUGGUACAACACCACCAGCCCCACACCGUAUGACCAGAUUCGUCCCACUCUACUGAACCCAUCAAAGGAAAAUGCUUCAGUAUCAGACACAGAGAGCCUCCCAAGCCCGUGUACCUCCCCUCCGCAGCCCCGCAGACACUAUGGCGAGUCUAUCACCAGCCUGGGUAAAGCCAGCAUCAUGGGAGCGGCAAGUAUAGGUAAAGGUAUUGGCGGUAUGCUCUUCUCCCGAUUCUCCCGUUCUAGUGGGCAGGUGGGUGGUGUGGAGGAGGAGCCAUCUGACUCUGAGAUUGGAGCAUGUGAGAAAGGGGGCGGAGUAACCGGGGAAGAAGGCAGGUCUAUGGAGUCAGAAGACAAAACAGAGGAGAAGACAGAAGAGAAAAUCGAGGAGAAACGAGAGGAGAAGGCAGGAGAAACCAGCAUGUCACAAUCAGCCUCUGCUAUUAUGGAUAACUCUUCCUUGGAACUGGAGAAACGUAUCGACUUUGAGCUGAGGGAGGGCCUGGUGGAGAGCCGCUAUUGGUCAGCGGUGACGUCGCACACAGCCUAUUGGUGCUCCCAUGAUGUGGCUCUGUUUCUACUAACAUUCAUGUACAGGCCAAAUGAAGCGAACGAUGUGGCAGAGGAUAACCCAGAAUCAUCACACACACACACACACCUAUAAACUUUCCAUCGGCACCACCCUUAAUUUCAACGGUUUCAUAGCCUGUUUAGUUUAGCAGACCUUAUUCACUGUGCAUCAGAGAUCCUGUCCUUGCCUUGUUUUUCCUUUAACACCUUCAUUUAGAAGCACACCCAUGGAAGAGACUUUCUCUCCAACAUACCCAAACAAUAAUUGGUUCUUAACCUCGAUGAGAUGGUGGUAACGACUUUUUUGCAGCUUGGUAAUUCACACCUUUUCCAAAAGCAAAAGACUCUACAUUUUGACUGAUGUGUGUUAACCUGAAGGGAUAGUUCUGCAAAAAAUGUAACUUCCGUCAUCAUUUAUUCACCCUCAUGUCAUUCCAAACACACAUGACUUACUUUAUUUUGUGGAAUGUUGUGUACUGAGAGCUUCAGUCACUAUUCACCUACUUUGAAUGGAAAAAGAUUCAACGAAAGUGAAUGGUAACAGAUGCUGAACAUCUGCCGAACAUCUCUUUUUUUGUAUUCCACCGAAGAAGGAAAGUCAUACAGUAUGGGUUUGGAACAACAUGAGGGUGAGUAAAUGAUGGCAGAAUGUUUAUUUUUGGGUGAACUAUCCCUUUAAGUUCAAGGUUGUAUAGUGUGGCUGACAAAAAUCUGAUGAAUUGAAAGUCCACAAUCAGAAGUUUUGGUCUUUUUUGAGUAAUACAUCUGAUGUGAUAAUUUUUCUUGCCUAAAAAUAGAAAUUUUGAAGAUUUUUUUUUUUUUAUAAGUUAUGCAUUGCUAUUACAUGUUUACAUUAUUUAGAUGAUAAAACACAAUCUGCAUCACUUCUAAAAGUGGCCAAAUAUUGAGUUGAUUGUCGACGGGGGAAGUGCACAUAGACCUGAUGGAAUAAUUCUUCAAGAGAUAUAGUUUGAAGAGGAAAAACCAUCAGUGAAACCUGCUUAAAAUACAUUUUUAGUCCUGUUCCAGGUGCUCCUUACUCUAUUUCUGAUAGACGCAUUGAGGCAUUAGUUUAUUCUCUACACCUGCAUGAUAGACAGAAAUCUACUGCAUAUUUGAAUGCACUCUUUGGUGUGACCACCACUAAAUUAAAGUUUAUGUUAUGCUUUAACAUACAUGAUAGAGUAGUUUUCCACUGACGUUUUCCCUUUAACAUCUCCCAUCAAAAUUCUUUGUGACAUUCUCUUUCUUGUCAAUGAUGACAUAUCCGAAAUGUUACUUGUUAUGUUACAUUUUGUUACAUAAUAGAGCACUAAAGAACCAUUGUCAUAAAGAUAUUGCCAUUUUAAAAUAACCAUUGUUUUGUGUUACUUCCAUGUUUUAUUUGUAUGAUUUGUAUACAGUAAUCCUGAAGAACACCCCCAUGCCUUUACAAUGCCAAGAGAAAAGCACUUAACAUCUCUCCUUACCUCACCUGAUGUAAGACAUCCCUUGAAUGUGCCAAUAAACUGAAUAGAGUUAGGUCUUGAUGAGUUCACAUCAGGCCUGUGGUCAGAGGGAACUGUCUGCUUUAUGUGCAUAUAUCAGAACUGGACUCCAGUCUUUACUGUUUAGUUUAAGUGAAAACCGAGCUGUUCCAAUUUUAUGAACCUCGUGUUUUUCAUUAAAAUUGAUAUUGACCA